AGAAUGAACCACCUGGUUCUCGAUCCACCUUUUCGCUUGGUGCUCGUCCCCACUUGGGAGGGGAGAUAAACAUGGCCAAGAAUCGUCUGACAACCCUGGAGAAGAGCCUGAUCCUGCUGUUUGUGCUCCUGACGGGAGCAUGCGUGGGCCUGGUGGCCAUAUACUUCACUGAGAAGAACCAAGGCGCUCCCAUUGGUGCAGAGGGUCUGGACUCAGGAUGUGGAGGCCCCCAGGAGCUGUCUGGGGAUUCCGGAACCUUCACCAGUUGGCGCUUCCCCAAUCACUAUGACAACGGCAGGGGCUGUUCCUGGCAAAUCACUGUGGCUGCGGAUAAGGUGAUCCAGCUGUGGUUUGAGGAGUUUGCAUUGGAGGAUUCAGAUAUGUGUGUGUCCGACUUUGUCACCCUGAGGGACUCACUAGGAAUCAUGGGUAAGUAUUGCGGCUACACCAAGCCCAGGACCCUGGUGACCCUGGAGAACCGGCUGAUGGUCUACUUCGACAGCAACGACUUGAAGACAGACCAAGGCUUCAAGGCCCAUUACAAGGCUGUCGCUCCAGAGAGCACCGGAGAAAUAGCCGGGGCAGGGGGCUCUCUGCAAGGUGACCAGGGGCAUCUGUUGACCCCCGGAUUCCCAGCACAGAAUUACCAAAAUGGAGCAUUUUACCAGUACGUCCUCCCUCCCGUGCUGGUGAGCGCCGGCGACACCGUGGAGGUCAGCUUCCGCUCCGACAGCCUCACCGACCGAGGGUUCUCCGUCAAGUGGCGCGCUGUCUACCCCGAGGACAUCCCAGAGAUCCAGGGUUGUGGCGUGUCGAGCCACCAGGAGAAUGGGAUCAUCAAAUCCCCAAACUGGCCCAUGAAUUACAAGCCCAAUGGAGAGUGCUUGUGGACCGUUGAGGUGCCAGCGGGCAAACGCAUCCAGCUGAGUUUCACCCACUUUGACAUCGAGGCCAAAUCUCUGAUAAGCCCAAAAUGUCUGGACUACGUCGAGAUACAGGACAUCAGAACCGGCGAUGGCGUACUGUUGGACAAUUAUGGUCCAUUCUGUGGCUCCAAGCUGCCGCCGUCCGUCCAGACGAAGGGCAACCGGCUGGUGAUGCGCUUCACCUCUGACCUGUUCACCGAAGGCUCGGGCUUCAGGGCCUACUGGUCCACCGACGCCAGCCUGCCCGCCCCCACCGAGCCCCCGACCCCACCCAACCCCUGGGACGACCUCGCCAUAGACUGGCCUGUGACGUGUGGAAAACCUACAACCCCCCCCACUGUGAACGCCCGCAUCGUUAACGGAGAACCAGCUAAGCCCAACUCCUGGCCCUGGCAGGUGUCCAUGCAGGUGUGGCCAGCGAAUCGUCCUACUCCAAGCUUCUCUCACACCUGCGGUGGCACACUGAUUCAUAAGAACUGGGUGCUCACUGCAGCCCAUUGCUUCAUAAACUAUGCGGACGAGCUGCAGCGCUGGCGCAUGUGUCUGGGCAAACACAACCUGACCUAUGAGGAGCCCAGCGAACGCUGCUUCCAGGUGUCCGGCAUCUUCCGGCACGAGGGCUUCAAGUACCCCACCCUGCCCACGGUGGAGUACGACAUCGCCCUGGUGCGGCUGAGCAGCGCGGUGGAAGAGAGCCCCGAGGUGGCGUACGCCUGCCUGCCCAGCCCGGACGAGGUCCUGACAGGGGGGAAGGUCUGCUACGCCACGGGCUGGGGCGACGAAACCGGCAGCUCCAUGAACCCCAAGGUGGCAGAGGCGCUGAACCAGGUGGCCCUGCCCGUGAUGCCCUAUGCCACCUGCAAGAGGAUGGACUACUGGUGGUUCCAGGUGAAGAGCUCCAUGAUCUGCUGUGGGUACACCCUUCCUGACGAGCUCAAGUCCGUCUGCCAGGGGGAUUCAGGCGGACCCCUGGUGUGCCAGGACUCCCCCACCAGCCCCUGGGAGGUGCACGGCAUCACCAGCUUCGGCCCCAUCGGCUGCAUCAUGGACAAGAAGCCCUCUGUGUUCACCCGCUCCUCCGCCUACAUCCCCUGGGUCCACAACGCCGUCCGCAGGGACAUGUACCGCACCCACACCUCUGGAUGUGGCGGGCCCAAGGUCCUGACUGGCCCUACCGGGGGAAACAUCUCCUCCAUGGGCUUCCCCGGUAGCUACAGCAACCAGGCCGCCUGCCAGUGGACCAUCCGAGCCCCCGCCGGCCAGCUAGUUCACCUCCACUUCCACCAGCUGAGCCUUGAGGAGAGCAUGCUCUGCAUCAACGACAAGCUCUCCGUCACAGACAGCCUGGGCAGCCUAGGAACCUUCUGCAGUCACAGCGCUCCUCAGGACCUGGUGAGCCACGGAGAGGAGCUCCACAUCAGCUUCUCCUCCAACUCCCGCGUGGUGGACACCGGCUUCCUGGCCUCUUGGAAGGCCGAGGACCCCGCCUCCCAGGCUGCCUGUGGAGGUCGCUUCAGCAGCAACCAGGGGGAGAUCACCUCUCCAGGCUGGCCCAGCGACUACCCCGGCCAGGCCGUCUGCACCUGGCAUAUCACCAUCCCCUCCGCAACCGCCAUACACCUGGCCUUCACCCACUUUGAGGUCCAGGCUGUCAACCAGGUCGGCAUGUGUCUAGACUACGUGGAUAUCUUCCAGGGGACGGACAUGCCAUCCAAAGGUCGGUUCUGUGGGUUUGCCCCGCCUCCGAAGAUCACCAUCGACGGCAACACAGCAAUUAUUCGGUUCCUUAGCAACGGAGACAAUCAUCAGAGCGGCUUCCGUGGGUACUGGACCACCGACGCCAACGUGUUCCCCACUUUGCCUCCUCCACCCGUCAACCCAUGGGACAGCAUCAUCGUCACCUGGCCGGCGGACUGUGGCAGCCCGGCAGUGACCCCCAGCACCGCCACCCUCAGGGUGGUCAACGGGGUGGAGGCAGUGCCCCACUCCUGGCCCUGGCAAGUCUCCAUGCAGGCUACUCCUAUGGCUGCCAUUCCCUACAUGCACGGCUGCGGAGGCUCCCUGAUCCAUGAGGAGUGGAUCCUCACUGCGGCCCAUUGCUUCAUGAUGCCGCUGAACAACCCCACGUUCUGGCGCAUGUGUCUGGGAAAGCACCACAUGAACUCGUCCGGGGACGUGCCCUCGGCGGAGGCCUGCUACCAGGUGGACGGCAUCGUGCGCCACCCGGCCUUCGUCUACGAGACGGACCGCGGCGACAUCAGCAACGACGUGGCGCUGGUGCACCUGGCGCGGCCCGUCAGCAUGACCCGGGAGAUCAGCCCCGUGUGCAUGCCCGCGCCCGGGGCAGUGCUGCCCGCCGGGACCCCCUGCUACGUCACCGGCUGGGGUGACGAGAAAGGGAACUUGUUCCCCAAGGUGUCCCAGCAGCUGAACCAGGCCGCCCUCCCAGUCGUGGACUUUGGGACCUGCAGUAAGCCAGCCUAUUGGUGGGACGUCCUGCGACCCUCGAUGAUUUGCGCCGGCUACGAGUCCCCAGAUGAGCUCAAAUCAGCCUGCCAGGGUGACUCCGGGGGUCCGUUCGUCUGUCAGACCACCGGGGCCACCAAGUCCAGCUGGGAGGUCCAUGGGAUUGUGAGCUUCGGGGCCCAGGGCUGCAUCAAGGACAAGAAGCCCUCGGUCUUCACCCGGGUCUCGGCCUUCAGCGGCUGGAUCGAGGACAACAUCAGGAAGUUCAUCUAUGAGAGAGUUUAGAAACAAUGUCAGCGUUUUGAGAAAAUGGUUUGGCUGGGGUUUCUUACUCUUAAUGCCUGAACGCUAUGUGCCUCCUAGUUUAAAUGGACGUGUCAUUCAGAGUGAGUGGGUGACUUCAUUUACCUUCAUGAUGCAUAUGUGGGUAGCUCCACUUGGGCUCGACUGAGGUGUUGCCUUUCAGAUGAAAUACACCUUCAGGUGCUUUUUUUUAUUGGUUGCUGGUUAACGAGCUUGAACACUCAUUAGGCAUUCCUCCAUAAUUAAGGACAAAUUCUUCGACGGUGUGCAAUAAGGCCCUGCUAAUAAGAGUUGUGAAUACUGAAUACUGAAAUAGAAGAAUGUUUACUCCCUUUAAA